AUGUUCUGCAGGAAAUGUGAGGAUACGUUGCAGCUAAGCGGCGAAGCCUAUCAGGUGAUCGACAACCCCACUGCGGAACAGAAAAACAAUGUCGGCAUCGUUAACUGCCUUAACUAUCUUCAGCGUUUCUUAGUUCCUUUAUGUGAACGUUACGGUAGCCAGGCUGAUCCUUUGAAAAGUUCACUAAGCGCUGUACAGUCGAUUCAGCAGAGUGCUGUGCAGCCUCUUGUCCAGUCUAUCAUCGAUGCUGUAACGGCUAUCGUCGUAACGAUGCACCAAGAGAAGUUUGAAGCCUCUCUGGAAACCUUCAAAACCGUACCCCAAUGCUCGCUGUACAUGCGAGAGUUACAGGAGUUCUUGUCCCGCGUGCAGAAGCAGUUUCUGAGUCCAUUCGAACAGACGGAAUAUAUGAAAAACGUUGCUAUUGAAAUCGCCCAGGAGAUGUGUCGUUUCUUCAUUCUACAUGCCACGUUGUUAAGGCCAUUGUCGAACCAUCGCCGUUUGUGCCUAGCGGCUGACUGCGCUCAGGUAGAACUAGUCAUGAAUAUCCUAUGCGACCGUCUGAGCGACGUUGGUGAACCUUAUCUUAUGCUGCGAUCCUUUCGACCGCUUCUUGUGCAGAGCGCCGAAGAAAUCGUAUCAACAUGCGUACAACCAGGAUUCUGCAUACCCCUGUCGUUAAUCAUUCAGCUGCUGAUUUCGAUGAGUCCGGAAGAGCUUCCGUCGCCGCAUCAGUCAGUUGGCUGGUCACUGACAAGAUAUGCAGAAUGGUUCGAAAAUCAUCCUUCCGAAGCUGACCGUCUGUCAUUUCUUCGCGGUACUGUCGAGUCAUACGCGCAACAUAUAAUUGAACAGGAAAAGCCGCAAUACGCGAUCACUUAUCCGUUAAUAAUGAAGCUCUUUGAGUUUAGCUGUUCUGUUUAG